AUGGAGAAGCGCCGAAACUCUUUCUGCAGCCACGUCCAACUAGCUGCCACAGGUUUGCCCAUAACAGGAACGCAGGCUGCACCGAAGAAAGCCACCAAGGAUGAACUUGGGAAUGUAGCUGGACUAGCAGCAAGUGCCACAGCCAGUGGUGGGAAAUUUGACAAGAAGUUGCCAGGAGAAAAGCCUGCACAACAUAAAGGGAAAUAUCGCAAGUUCCUACCUGUUGUGGAGGGAAAAGGGUUAGGCUCACAAGAGAGGGAGCAAACCGAGAAAGUUCUGAACAAGCUAAUCUCUAAGAAUUCCCAUGAGAUAUUCAACGUUGAUAAGGCGGUCAACAUGUACAAUGUGAAAAAAGAGAAGAAGCGAAAGUACCAGAAAGACAAGUCUUCACCGACCUCAAGCAAGUUGAAACCGAAGACGAAACCUUAUAAGAAGGGAUCUUCAUCCUCAAAGAAGGGAUCUUCGUUCUCUAACAAGGGAUCUUCAUACUCGAAGAAGGGAUCUUCAUCCUCAAACAAGGGAGCUUCCAAGAAAGGAAAGGCAAAGUGAAUGUAGGUGAUUGUAACUCUGGAGAGCUUGUAGAGUUUUGGGACAAUUUAAUUUAAUUUGCUUGCAUAUUUAAAAUACAUAUUCACUCAUCUUAGAAUAUUAAUGAGCUAUAAUAUGACUAUUCUUUUGUAUAAUUUUCCUAUUUUUAAAAGAAAUUUGGAAAAUAAAAUACAGAUAAGAAAAUUAUGUUUUUUUCU